GGAACCCAGUCGUCCUGAUUGAGUCAGAACACAGCUGAUGCCACUUUUGCUGAUGAAGACUAAUAAAAAGCAGAGGAAAAGCAACAAACCUGCUAGAGACAGUCAUGUUUGUGCUUCAUUUAGUGCUUUUGGCUUCUUUGGCCAUCCCACGCGUUCUUUCAGACGCUCCUGUCAAUGGCCGCUGGAGGACAGAUACUGACAUUCCACAGUAUGAUGAGACCCCAGAUGAUUAUGAUGAUGACGACGAUGAUGAU